AACCUACUGUUCUACCUCCGGCGAGAACUAUGAUCAUUUCAUCAUCAUCAUAACUCUCUCUCUCUUUCUCUCUCUCUCUCUCUAUAUAUAGAUAAAUGUAUGUGUGUAUAAUUAGAUUAAGUUGUGUGUAUAAUUGUUGUUGAUUUGUGGAAAUAUGAGUGGUGGUGGUUUUCCAUCAACGAGAGGCUGCCGCCACCGGCAGGGGUGGUUGACGGCGUUAUUGGCGGCGGUGUUAUUGUCCGCUGGAUCUACUCCGGUGGCGGCGAGGCUACAGAGCACUUCCUCAAAUUCCAUGGAAGUGACUCGGAGAACACUUAUGGACAAUGGACUCGGCCUUACACCUCAGAUGGGAUGGAAUAGCUGGAACCACUUCCAAUGUAACAUUGAAGAGAAACUAAUUAAGCAAACAGCCGAUGCAAUGGUGUCAACGGGGCUGGCUGAUUUGGGAUACAAAUAUAUAAAUUUAGAUGAUUGUUGGGGUGAGCUCAAUAGGGAUUCUGAGGGGAAUUUGGUUCCAAAAGCUUCAACAUUUCCCCAUGGAAUUAAAGCUCUCGCAGAUUAUGUUCAUAGCAAAGGCUUGAAGCUGGGAAUAUAUUCUGAUGCUGGAACUCAAACAUGCAGUAAAACCAUGCCUGGAUCUCUAGGACAUGAAGAACAAGAUGCAAAAACUUUUGCCUCCUGGGGAAUUGAUUAUUUGAAGUAUGACAACUGUAAUGACGAUGGCACAAGUCCUAAGGAGAGGUAUCCUAAGAUGAGUAAUGCUUUACUAAAAUCUGGAAGGUCCAUCUUCUUUUCUCUAUGUGAAUGGGGACGAGAAGAUCCAGCAACUUGGGCACCAGCUAUUGGAAAUAGUUGGAGAACAACUGGUGACAUUUCUGAUAACUGGAAUAGUAUGACCUCUCGUGCAGAUCAAAAUGACAAAUGGGCAUCAUAUGCUGGGCCUGGUGGAUGGAAUGAUCCAGACAUGUUAGAAGUUGGAAACGGAGGCAUGACGAUAGCAGAAUAUCGUUCACAUUUCAGCAUAUGGGCAUUAGCAAAGGCUCCUCUGUUGAUUGGGUGUGAUAUUCGAGCAAUAGACAAUGUGACCUUGGGAUUGCUUAGCAACAACGAAGUUAUUGCCGUGAAUCAAGAUAAGCUUGGAGUUCAAGGUAAAAAGGUAAAGAAAGAUGGCGAUUUGGAGGUUUGGGCGGGUCCCCUUAAUCAUAAGAAAGUGGCAGUGAUCCUAUGGAACAGAGGACCUUCGACAGCUACCAUCACUGCUCACUGGUUUGAUAUUGGCCUUACUCGAACAACCAUUGUUAAUGCACGAGAUUUAUGGAAGCAUUCAACCAAAAAAUCAGUCAAGGGACAACUCUCUGCUGACGUGGCUUCUCAUGACUGCAAAAUGUAUGUACUAACCCCACAAUGAAAAUGUCGAGUGUGUUCUUGGAAGGAAAGUAAUGAUAUGAUCUAUCUCCAUCUACAAGACAUACUGAUGGAAUGUUAAAAUUGACGAGUAAUAGUAUUUGUUGCUUACAUUUACAAUUGAAAUAAAUAAAAAAUGAACAAAAAUCCAUAUGGAUCUUGUUUAUGAUACGAUUAAUUAAUGACAAGUCUUUUCUGUAA